AACUAUAAAGUUUAGAAGCCCCAAUAUUCGGACUAAUUUCGCCCUUAUAAAAAGACACACAGCUUGUUGAUAGCCAGUUAUAAUGAGAUUUUCUUAGAGCAAGGUUCUACCUUAUUAAGUUAUUACAAUCGGUGGAUCAUGUUUACGUUGAUUUUACUGGCCGUGUCCCUUGUGACCUUGGCCUGGUUCUACCUGAAGCAUCAUUAUGACUUCUGGGUGCGUCGCGGAUUUCCAUUUUAUAAAAAAUCCGGAAUUCCAUUCGGAUGUUUGGACAGCGUGUGGAGGCUAGAGAAGAGUAUGGGACUGGCCAUCUACGAUGUAUAUCUAAAAAGUAAGAAGCGCGUCGUGGGAAUCUUCUUGCUCUUCCGUCCGGCUGUUCUGGUCAGAGAUGCUGAACUAGCUCGUCGUGUGCUAGCCCAGGAUUUUGCUAGCUUCCACGAUCGCGGUGUCUACGUCGAUGAGGAAAAGGAUCCUCUGUCGUGCAAUUUGUUCGCCCUGCGUGGCCAGAGCUGGCGAUCUGUAAGGCAUACGUUUUCCCCAUGUUUCACCUCCGGAAAGUUAAAGGCCAUGUUUGGUACCUCCGAAGACAUUGGUGACAAUAUGGUAGCAUACCUUCAAAAGAAGGUGCCCGAUCAGGGUUCCGAAGAGGUGGAUUUGAAGAAUGUGAUGCAAGACUAUGCCGUCGACAUAAUUGGCUCGACCAUAUUUGGCUUGGAAGUAAACAGCUUUGAGUAUCCGGAUAACAAAUUCCGGAAACUGGUGACGAUUGCAGCAGUGAAGAGUAGAUUUAAUGCCUUGCUUAAUAUGCUGAUCUUCCUAGUGCCCUCUAUGGCCAAGAUUCUGUUCAGAUGUGGACUUAAAAAUCCAAUUAUGGUGGCUAUGUUGGAGAUGGUCACGGAAACCGUCGAGCACCGAGAGAAACACGGCAUUGUCCGCAAAGAUCUGUUGCAGUUACUCAUCCAGCUAAGGAACACGGGAAAGAUUGAAGAGAAUGACGAAAACGCCUUUGGCAUCCAGAAAACUGGUGAUGGACACAUUAAGUCACUAUCUUUAGAGGCCAUUACUGCCCAGGCUUUUGUUUUCUACAUGGCUGGUCAGGAGACUACUGGAUCGACUGCAGCCUUUGCUCUCUAUGAGUUGUCCCAAUAUCCAGAGCUUCUCAAGCGCUUAAAGGAUGAAGUUGACGAAACUCUGGCCAAGAACGAUGGCAAGAUCACUUAUGAUUCCCUAAACAAGAUGGAGUUCAUGGAGCUUUGCGUGCAGGAAACAAUUCGCAAAUAUCCAGCUCUUCCUUUCCUGAAUCGUGAAUGUACCAAAGAUUACACUGUACCCGGCAGCAACCACGUCAUUCCCAAGGGAACCCCUGUCGUCAUCUCUCUGUUUGGAAUUCACCGUGAUGCCGAUUACUUUCCGGAUCCCGAGACAUUCGAUCCCUAUCGAUUCUCCGAGGAGAGUCGCAACUACAGUCCAACGGCUUACAUGCCAUUUGGUGAGGGUCCCAGGAUUUGCAUUGCCCAGCGAAUGGGCCGUGUUAAUGUGAAACUGGCCAUCAUUAAAAUCCUCCAGAACUUCAAUGUUGAGGUGAUGAGCAAACGUGAAUUGGAGUUUGAUAGCAGUGGCAUUACCCUUGUGCCCAAACAUGGAGUACGAGUUCGUUUGUCCAAGAGAUUACCCAAAAGGUUCGACCUUAGUUAUUGCAAUCGGUGGAUCAUGUUUACGUUGAUUUUACUUGCCUUGUCGCUCGGGACAGUGGCUUGGUUCUACCUGAAGCACCAUUAUGACUUCUGGGUGCGUCGCGGAUUUCCGUUUGACAAACAAUCCGGAAUUCCAUUCGGAUGCUUGGACAGCGUCUGGAGGCGAGAGAAGAGUAUGGGCUUGGCCAUCUACGAUGUCUAUCGAAGGAGUAAGGAGCGUGUCUUGGGAAUCUACUUGCUCUUCCGUCCGGCUGUACUGGUCAGAGAUGCUGAGCUAGCUCGCCGUGUGUUGGCCCAGGAUUUUGCUAGCUUCCACGACCGAGGUGUUUACGUCGAUGAGGACAAAGAUCCUCUCUCGGCAAAUUUAUUCUCUCUAAGAGGUCAGAGCUGGCGGUCUAUGAGGCAGAUGUUGUCGCCAUGUUUCACCUCCGGAAAGUUGAAGGCCAUGUUUGGUACCUCCGAGGAUAUUGGUGACAAGAUGGUGGCAUACCUUCAAAAGAAGUUACCCGAACAGGGUUCCGAAGAGGUGGAUUUGAAGAAGGUGAUGCAGAACUAUGCCAUCGACAUAAUUGCCUCGACAAUAUUUGGCUUGGAUGUAAACAGUUUCGAGCAUCCGGACAACAAAUUCCGGAAAUUGGUUACGAAUGCAUCAGCAAAUACUAGAUUUAAUGCCUUGUUUGGUAUGCUAAUCUUCCUAGUGCCCUCAGUGGCAAAGUUUUUGUUCAAAAUAGGGCUUAAGAACCCAGUUCUUCUGGCCAUGUUGGAGAUUGUUAAGGAAACAGUUGAGCACCGAGAGAACAACGGAAUUGUCCGUAAGGAUCUGCUUCAUUUGCUCAUCCAGCUGAGGAACACGGGCAAGAUUGAAGAUAAUGACGAGAAAUCCUUUAGCAUCCAAAAGACACCCGAUGGACACAUUAAGUCCCUUUCUUUGGAAGCCAUUACUGCUCAGGCUUUUAUAUUCUACAUCGCUGGCCAAGAGACUACCGGAUCAACUGCAGCCUUUACUAUCUACGAGUUGGCCCAAUAUCCGGAACUGUUGAAGCGAUUGAAGGAUGAAGUGGAAGAAACUUUGGCCAAGAACGAUGGCAAAAUCACUUAUGAUUCUCUACACAAGAUGGAGUUCUUGGACCUGUGCGUGCAGGAAACUCUUCGCAAAUACCCAGGUCUUCCCAUCCUGAAUCGUGAAUGUACCCAGGAUUACACUGUACCAGACUCCAACCACGUCAUUCCCAAGGGAACACCUGUUGUGAUCUCUCUGUAUGGUAUUCACCGUGAUGCCGAGUAUUUCCCAGAUCCUGAGACAUAUGAUCCCUACCGAUUCUCGGAGGAAAGUCGCAACUACAAUCCCACGGCUUUUAUGCCAUUUGGUGAGGGUCCCAGGAUCUGCAUUGCAAUGCGAAUGGGUCGUGUUAAUGCCAAACUGGCCAUCAUUAAACUCAUCCAGAACUUCGAUGUCCAGGUAAUGGACAAACGUGAAUUGGAGUUCGAGAACAAUGGAGUUGGGCUGAUCUCCAAACAUGGAGUACGAGUUCGUUUGUCCAAGAGAUUACCGAAAUUACCCUAUAGCCAGUUACAAAGAGACUUUCUUCGAUUGAGGUUCAACCUUAGUUAUUCCAAUCGGCAGAUCAUGUUUACGUUGAUUUUACUUGCCUUGUCGCUCGGGACACUGGCUUGGUUCUACCUGAAGCAUCAUUAUGACUUCUGGGUGCGUCGCGGAUUUCCUUUUGACAAACAAUCCGGAAUUCCAUUCGGAUGUUUGGACAGCGUCUGGAGACAAGAGAAGAGUAUGGGCUUGGCCAUCUACGAUGUCUAUCGAAGGAGUAAAGAGCGCGUCUUGGGAAUCUACUUGCUCUUCCGUCCGGCUGUACUGGUCAGAGAUGCUGAACUAGCUCGCCGCGUGUUGGCCCAGGAUUUUGCUAGCUUCCACGACCGCGGUGUUUACGUCGAUGAGGACAAGGAUCCUCUGUCGGCCAGUAUAUUCUCUCUAAGGGGUCAAAGCUGGCGGUCUAUGAGGCACAUGUUGUCGCCAUGUUUCACCUCCGGAAAGUUGAAGGCCAUGUUUGGUACCUCCGAGGAUAUUGGUGACAAGAUGGUGGCAUACCUUCAAAAGAAGUUGCCCGAACAGGGUUCCGAGGAGGUGGAUUUGAAGAAGGUGAUGCAGGACUAUGCCAUCGACAUUAUUGCCUCGACCAUAUUUGGCUUGGAAGUAAACAGCUUCGAGCAUCCAGACAAUAAGUUCCGGAAAUUGGUGUCGAUUGCAAGACCAAAUAAUAGAUUUAAUGCCUUGUUUGGUAUGAUGAUCUUCCUAGUACCCUCAGUGGCAAGGUUUUUGUUCAGAAUAGGAUUUAAGAACCCUGUUGGUCUGGCCAUGUUGGAGAUUGUCAAGGAAACCGUCGAGCACCGAGAGAAGAACGGAAUUGUCCGCAAGGAUCUGCUUCAGUUGCUCAUCCAGCUGAGGAACACGGGCAAAAUUGAAGAGAAUGACGAGAAAUCCUUUAGCAUCCAAAAGACACCCGAUGGUCAUAUUAAGUCCCUUUCUUUGGAAGCCAUUACUGCUCAGGCUUUUAUAUUCUACAUAGCUGGGCAAGAGACUACAGGAUCAACUGCAGCCUUUACUAUCUACGAGUUGGCCCAAUAUCCGGAACUGUUGAAGCGCUUGAAGGAUGAAGUGGAUGAAACUUUGGCCAAGAACGAUGGCAAAAUCACUUAUGAUUCUCUACACAAGAUGGAGUUCUUGGACCUGUGCGUUCAGGAAACAAUUCGCAAAUAUCCAGGUCUUCCCAUCCUGAAUCGUGAAUGUACCCAGGAUUACACUGUACCAGACUCCAACCACGUCAUUCCCAAGGGAACACCCGUUGUGAUCUCUCUGUAUGGUAUUCACCAUGAUGCCGAGUAUUUCCCGGAUCCUGAGACAUAUGAUCCCUACCGAUUCUCGGAGGAGAGUCGCAACUACAAUCCCACGGCUUACAUGCCUUUUGGUGAGGGACCCAGGAUUUGCAUUGCAAUGCGAAUGGGUCGUGUUAAUGCCAAAUUGGCUAUCAUUAAAAUCCUCCAGAACUUCGAAGUUGAGGUGAUGAGCAAACGUGAAUUGGAGUUCGAAAACAGUGGAAUUGCCCUCAUGCCCAAACAUGGAGUACGAGUCCGUUUGUCCAAGAGAUUACCCAAAUUACCAUAAACUUCCCUCCCUGAUGAAAUACAUUAGAUAAGUGGUUAUAAAUUCAUAUUGAUUAGAUUGAAUAGCUGCCCGUGCAAAGUGCUAUUAUCGCUUACAAAUACGAUAAAGGAUUACCCUCAUUGUGAAUCUAAAAAUAAACCUCUAAUGUCGCACUUGCAAUUUUAUAAAAUUUGUAUAAUGAAAUAACAAAUACUUAUUAUUAAAUACCUUUUAAUAUUUCAUGGUUUUCCUGUGAUAACCAAUAAUCUUUACUUGCAAACAUGACAUACUUUUAAGUUAAGAGUCAUUAUGAAUAUUUAUAUGUUAAUUAUUUUUUUAGGUGCAACAAAUCGGUUGGCCUUUGAAAUACAUUGAAAUUGUUAAGGCCUCUUAUCGCUAUCAUAAAUUGGCAGUGAUAGGAGAACCCAUAGCGAUUACUAAUACCACACAGAGAUACCUUAAGUUAACAAAUCGUGAAUAUAUAAAUUUAGGUAGAAGGUCUGGAAUUUGAUUAAGUAUUGCUAUUUUUUGUUUAAUGCAUCUAAAAAAAAGAUUUUUAUAUUUCCCAUAAAUAUA